AUGCCUCGACGGUCCGAGGAACUCCAGCAGGUGAUUAAGGAGGUGACGUCACAGCUUGGGGAAGACGAAGAGGGAGGGGAUCGUGUCGCGCGAAGUGCGGAUAGCGACGAAGAGGCCCGCGGAGGGGGACGAGAGGAGGGGAAUGACGGGGGAAGCGCGGAAGCAAACGCGGAAGCAAACGCGGAGAUGAAUGCGGAAAGGGAUGAUGAAGAGACUCCUUCACGAGCGAGAGAAAGCGCGGCGGAGGAAGGGGAAGGCGGAGGGGAAUCUGCGGAGGGCGCGGAACGCGCGGAAGGCGGAGAGUUGGCGGGCGACGCGGAGGAUAAGCGAGAGAAGCGCGGAGAGGAGGAGGAAGAGAAGGCUGAGGCUGGGGAAGAGAAGCGCGAAAAUGUAGUCCCCCCCGCGGAUGACGACGAAGUGGCGGAGCGGAAGGCGGAAAAGGCGGACGCGGCUGAAGAUGAUGCCGGCGAGGGGGAGGGUGGGGGGAAGGCGGAUAGGCAGAGGAAGGAGAGGAGUGAGGAUGGUGACGAGGGAGAGGCGGAAACAGAGGGGGACGGUGAAGGGGACGGCGAGGGGCGGCGUGUGAAGAAGGAAACUCCGGAGAUUCCGGAGGCAGACGAUGGCCCGCGCGUGGAAAAGGAGGAGGAUGACGCGGAAGGAGGCGAUGAUGACGUGUCGAAGCGGACGCGCGGAAAGGGAAGGGAGCGGGGGGAGGAAGAGGGUGAAGAUUUGCUUGUGGAUUCUGCGGGGAAGCGGGGGACUAGGGGGGGAGAUGCGGAAGAAGGGGGAGAUAUCGACGUGGGGGAGGAGGAGGGAAAAAGGGGAAAGCGUGGUGGUGGGGACGAGGAGGAUGAGAAAGAAAAGAGCAAGAAGGAGAAGAGGAAGAAGAAGAAGGGGAGGAAGGAGAGGCUUGUGGAGGGUGGGGAGGAGCUGGGGGAGAAGGAGAAGAUAGAGGGGAAGAGUGAGGAGGAGGGUGGUGGUGGGAGCGGUGGGGUGGAUGAGGCGAAUGACAUGGAGAAAUCGGAGGAGGUAAAUGAUGAGAAUCAGGUGCAGCGAGAAGAACGGGCAGAAGCAGCGGAGCUAGAUGGAAAGUUUGAUGCAGCUGACGCAGCCAACACAGCCGAUGCAGGCGGGGCAGGUGGGGCAGGAGAAGCAGGAGCAGCAGGAACAGCAGGAGCAGCAGGGAUGGAGGAGGAAAUGGCAGGAGCUGCAGUGACGCCGGGACAAGACGAGAUGAUUCCCGGAUCAGGUGUGACUGACCGCACCAGCACCGCCAGUGGGGCUGGUACAGUUGGAGGUUCGGAAGGAGGCUCGGAGCCGAUUACAGGCGCGGGGGUGGGUGGCGAUGUGUUCGGGGCGGGGCGGGGGAAGGGAGGAGCGCAGGUUCGGGGAAGGGGGGAGCAUGGGCGCGGGGGAAGGCGGCAUGGGCGCGGGGGAAGGGGGGAACAUAGUCGUGCGCGACGGGGGGGGGCAUGGGUGCGGUGGUGA